AUGAAUUUAAGAUACCUCCUGGUGCCCUUCACCCUCCUGCUGUUCCACUUUGCAACCAAUGAAGCCUUUGAUCAGCGAAGAAUCUCUUCCUUUUUGGAUAAAUCCAUUUUGAAAAAAUCCGAUUUUCAAUGGAAGGGACCAGCGGGAGGCAGCUACCAUCUUGCCGAUUGGAAUGGAAAACCAGACCCCACCCUGCUGUGGCGUAAAUUCCUACUUAAAGUUACCAAUAAAUUCCAACCUCUGUUACAUCACGUGAAUUGGAAGGAGGGUAAGGUGCAGGAUGAAAAACGCCGAGAUGAAUUCCCUUGCCCUUUAAAUGAUACCCGCUCGCCAGUACAACCCGUCAAUAUCCAUCAACUGCGUCCCGGUGAUAUUGAUGUUGUAGCAGCCAUUGGCGACUCAUUAUCGUCGGGAAAUGGUGCAAUGUCCGCCACAGCUUUGGGAGCCUAUACCGAAUUUCGUGGUAUGUCAUUUUCCGGUGGCGGUAUGCAAGAUUGGACCACCCUCUUGACAUUGCCAAAUAUUCUGAAAGUUUUCAAUCCCAACCUGUAUGGAUUUGCAACGGAAAAUGUUUUGUCACGAGACUUAGCAGCCCAUUUGAAUGUUGCCGAACCGAAUGCUCUUUCGCGGGAUUUAGUGCAACAGGUACAAAUUUUGAUACAACGAAUGCAACAGGAUCCUCGUGUGGAUAUGCCGCGUCAUUGGAAGCUCUUGACAAUUCUGAUUGGUAGCAAUGAUUUUUGCAUGGACAUGUGUCAUCAGGAUAAUAUGUUCAAAUUUCUGAAACAACAUGAAGAAGAUUUACGCAAGGCUUUGACCCUGCUGCGCAACAAUGUACCCCGGCUGAUGGUGAAUUUAAUACCAGCCCCCAAUUUGGUAUAUCUCCAGCAACAGCUAAAAACUCUACCCGGAAUCUAUAAAAUCCCCUUGGGUUUGGCUUGUUCCUGUUUGGUAAAUCGUUUCUAUACCCCGGAAUAUUUGCAAAAGGCAUCGGAAUUAAUAUCGCGAUGGCAGGCGGUUGAUGAACAUAUAGCCGGCUUGGCGGAAUUUCACACCUCCGACUUCACUGUGAUAUAUCAACAAUUUAUGGCGAAUUUGACAAUUCCCCAUUUGUCAAAUGGGUUCAUAGAUCUUCGAUACUUCGGUAAGGAUGGUAUACACUUCAGCCAAUUUGGUCAUGCGGCAGUGGCAAAUUUGUUGUGGAACAAUAUGGUCCAGGGCAGUGGACAAGAGGAUUUGGAUCUCCGGCAGCCAUUUGAGAACUUUGAAUGCCCCACGGCGGAGAGACCCUACAUCCUGACAAUGAAAAAUAAAAAUGAAUAA